AUGCUGUCCCAUUCGGCGUGUUGUUCUUCACAAAAUUCGACGAAAUUCGAUACGGAAGUCCUUAUCAUAGGAAAUGGUCCAGCUGGCAUCGCCCUGUCCGCGUUUCUCUCCGGUAUGCAUCCAUUCUACGACGCGAAGCACCCACACGAAAAUGUUACUGUAAACGAGAAAUUGAUGACUAACUUGGAUUUUUCGCUAAUUGAUCAGGAUCUCUCCUGGUCGUCUAACCUAACCGAGCUCUCUCAAUCUGGCCGUCCAUUAUCCGUCCUCUUCGACAUGCUAGUCCGCCCCGGUGCCGAUAUGGGCUCAGACGCCCCCGGAUGUCUACAAUGGGAGAUGAAUCGGUCCCGAGAGGUACCCCAUAUGGUAAUCGGGGAAACCAAAAUCGGUGGAUCCUGGAAUGAGUACGAUCCGGAGAUGCUAACGGUGUCGUUUAGCGAUUGGAUGGAUAUGCCGGGAUUUACGAUGAAUGAGUGGUUGGGGGGACGUCCGUUGGUGAAAAGACUGCCUUCUGUAGCAAUUGCCACGUAUUUAAAGAAAUAUGUGGAGAAGUUGAAGUUGCGGAAGAAAUUCCAUCAAUACUUUGGGGUCCAAUCGAUAAGGAAGGUUGGAGAUGUCUGGGUGACGGAGGGCAAGCGGAGUACCGAUGGUAGAGGCUUCAGGAUCCGAAGUAAGCAGGUGGUGGUGGCGUGUGGCAAGACAAGUCCCAGGAAGUUGAUGCUCCCCAACGAGGAACAUUGCUCAUCUAACAUUGUCUACGAUGUAAGGACCCUCAAAGAACGCUUGGAUUCCACCAAGAAGACGGUGAUGGACGAUGAGCACUAUUCUACACCAUCAACGUCAUCUGCGGCGCCUGUAAUCGUCGUCGGGGACGGUGUCUCAUCUGUAGACUGUGUUCGACACUGUCUGGAGCGUGAUAUUCCAGUCGUUCAUGUGAUAAGGAGGAAUUUGAGAGAGCUUAGGAAUGUGAUGCUGUCCCGUCUCUCGCCAAUUCACUAUUCCGAGUACACGGAAGUCUACCGUAUGAUGAUCGGACGCUCCGCCCACAAAAACUAUCAGCGAAUCCUAGACGCCCAAAUUUCGUCAAUUUCCAAAAUCCAUGCGGAAAUCACGACUGGCGCUCAGGAAAUCAUCGAAAUGCCGUAUUCUACAGUAGCCGUGUGCAUUGGAAGGGAAUCUCAUUUUUCUACCGUGUUCGAGACUCCGCCCACUUUCCUAGACUACCGUAGCCCGGAGGAUGACACGUUGUACGGUGUGGGCGCCUAUGCGGGCGACCAUUUCGUUCGAUUUCUGGUUGGCGGGUGUCUCCGGGUGGCGCAACAUAUUUACGCCGGUCAAACUACAGUAUGCAUCAACAACAACAAUAAAAUUUGA